AAAAUCAAAGAAAAAAAAUGAAUAAAUAAUGAAGAAAUAAUGAAGGGUCGAAAAAUCAAAAAAUAUUAACCUCCUUGAAACUGCAAAUUGAAAUUACUAUGGAAAAAUACUAUCAAGUACCAUUAAAUACCAGACUUUUUUUUGAAGUGCCACAGUGAAGAUAGGUACCGCACUAAACCAAUCUCUGAACACUGAAGAACGUUGAUUGCAUUUAACUUUUUAAUGUCGAUUUAAUUUAUUGUUUAGAAGUUUUCUGACAUGGCAAAGAGAGCAAAUCCUUACGUUGAUGACUUUAUUCCACGAUCCAAAACACACAUUGGUCUUAAACAAGUCAAUAAUAAUAAUAAGGAAACUCUUCAACAAGUAUAUGAGAAUAAAGAGUCCGGUAAACCACCUAAUAGUAAGAGCACUCUAGAAAAGUUGGAUUUUGUUACCAGAGAACCUAUUUCCAUUUUCAGUGGGAUAAAAAAUGCAAAGAAUGAAGAGGAAAAAAAGAAGCUUAAUAAACUUUUAGAGACACUAAGGGAGAAAUUGCCUGAGGGCUUUAAGAUAGGAGCUGCUAUAGGUGAAGGAGAUUGUUUCUUUGAUUCCAUAGCUCAAGGAUUGAACGAGCUAAAAUAUAAAGGACUGAUUAAAACAGGUAGUAAAGGAUUUAGUGUAAAGUCUUUGCGGAAAAAUUGUAAGCAAUAUGCACAACAGGUUAAUCAAUCAAAAAAAGGUUCAUGGUUGGGUAGUGCUUUAAAAGGAGAAGGUGAAAAACUUUGUGAAUAUAUCCCGCGUAUUGAAUUUACUGCAGAAGACAUUGAAAAUACAAGUGAUUCAGAAAUAAAAAUUCUAAAGUUGGAAAACGCUAUUUGGGGAAGACCUGAAGUUGAAGGAAAAAUGAUAUGCGAAAAGUAUGGCGUGAAAAUUAGGACUAUAGAAUUGAGAGAUAAAGAGAUAGAUGGAUUACAUGUCACUAAAGUUAAGGUAGGUACAGGUAAUAAUAUUGUUUACAUAGUGAAUUACAGGAACCAUCUUGUACCACUUCUUAGUAAUAUUGAAAAAGAUAGAAAGAGAAGCAUAAAAGUUUCUAGAGAGGAAGCUUACGGUAAUGUGGUUGGUUCAAAUUCAAACAAUAUUUCUCAAUCUUACAUUUCUACACCAUUACAAGAUAUUGAAAAUUCCUCACACAAGCAAAGCGAUCAUUCAAGGAGUACAGGUAAGGAAAAUCAUAAAACGAGUAGAAAACGAAGAUGUUCUGUUACAGACAAAGAUGAUAUAGUAUUGAAGAGGUCGCGUGUGGAUGUACACAAUAUUAAUGAAGAAAUUAGAUUUGCUAAAAGUGUUGCCGGUAAAGAAGGAACACCUAGAUUUAAUCAGUUCUUAGAUUUUUUAAUUGAAGGGGAAGGAAAAGAAUGUCUAGAAGUUCUCAAAGAAAAAGGAAUAAACCUAUCCAGUAUGUCCAGCAUUUUAAGUGGAUCAGGAGCUGAUGCUACAAAAGCUUUUAAAGGCUUAUAUGAUCUGUGGUUUGAUAAGCAAGGAAAUAAAACAAGAUAUUUAAAAACUCUAGAAAAAGAAAGAAUAAAUCUAGCUAGUGUUUCUAGUAUUUUAAGUAAAGCAAGAGCUAAUGCUGCAAAGACUUUUACAGGCUUAUAUGAUCUGUGGUUUGAUGAGCAAGGAAAUAAAACACGAUAUUUAAAAAUUCUAGAAAAAGAAAGAAUAAAUCUAGCUAGUGUUUCUAGUAUUUUAGGCGGUACAGGAACUAGUGCUCCAAAAGCUUUUAAAGACUUAUGUGACCUAUGGUUUGAUGAAGAAGGAAAUAAAACUCGAUAUUUAAAAACUCUAGAAAAAGAAGGAAUAGGUCUAGCUAGUGUAUCCAAUAUUUUGCAUGGAGCAAGAGCUAAUGCUGCAAAGACUUUUAAAGGCUUACAUGAUCUGUGGUUUGAUAAGCAAGGAAAUAAAACACAAUAUUUAAAAACCCUGGUAAAAGAAAAAAUAAAUCUUACUAUUGUAUCCGGUAUUUUAAGUAAAGCAGGAGCUAAAGCUCCCAAAGCGUUUAAAGAUUUAUAUAAUCUGUGGUUUGAUGAAGAGGGAAAUAAAACACAAUACUUAAAAAUCCUGGAAAAAGAAGAAAUAAAUCUUACUAAUGUGUCUAGUAUUUUAGGUGGAGCAGGAGCUAAUGGUGCAAAAGCUUUUAAAGACUUAUAUGAUCUGUGGUUUGAUGAAAAAGGAAAUAAAACACAAUAUUUAAAAACUUUAGAAGAAAGCGGAAUGGGUCUUACUAAUGUAUCCAGUAUUUUGCAUAGAGUAGGAGCUAAUGGUGCAAAAGCUUUUAAAGAGCUAUAUAAUACUUUUCUUGAUGAGCAAGGAAAUAAAACACAAUAUUUGAGAACUCUAGAAAAAGAAGGAAUAAGUCUUGCUAGUAUAUCCAGUAUCUUGCAUGGUGCAGGAGCUAAUGCUGCAAAGGCUUUUAAAGACUUGUAUAACCUGUGGUUUGAUGGAGAAGGAAAUAAAACACAAUAUUUAAAAACUUUAAAAGAAAGCGGAAUAAAUCUUACUAAUGUAUCCAGUAUUCUGAAUGGAGCAGGAGCUAAUGGUGCAAAGGCUUUUAAAGACUUAUAUGAUCUGUGGUUUGAUGAGCAAGGAAAUAAAACACAAUAUUUAAAAACUCUAGAAAAAGAAAAAGUAAACCUAGCUGAUGUGCCCGGUAUUUUAAGUAAAGCAGGAGCUAAAGCUCCAAAAGCGUUUAAAGACUUAUAUGAUCUAUGGUUUGAUAAGCAAGGAAAUGAAACACAAUACUUAAAAAUCUUAAAAAAAGAAAAAAUAAAUCUAACUAAUAUGUCCAGUAUUUUGCACGGAGUAGGAGGUAAUGGUGCAAAGGCUUUUAAAGACUUGUAUGACCUGUGGUUUGAUAAACAAGGAAAUAAAACACAAUAUUUAAAAACUCUAGAAGAAAGAGGAGUAAAUCUUAUGACUAUGUCUAGUGUUUUAGCUGGAGCAGGAGUUAAUGCUACAAAAGCUUUUAAAGACUUAUAUGAUCUGUGGUUUGAUGAAAAAGGAAAUAAAACACAAUAUUUAAAAACUCUAGAAAAGGAAGGAAUUGAUCUAUCUAGCAUAUCUAGUAUUUUGAAUGGAGCAGGAGCCAAUGGUGCAAAAGCUUUUAAAGACUCCUAUGAUCUUUGGUUUGAUGAAGAAGGAAAUAAAACUCAAUAUUUGAGAACUAUAGAAAAAGAAGGAGCAAGUUUUGCUAGCAUGUCCAGUAUCUUACAUGGAACAGGAGCUAGUGCUGCAAAAGCUUUUAAUGACUUAUACGAUCUUUGCUUUGAUAAAGAAGGAAAUAAAACACAAUAUUUAAAAAUUCUAAAAAAAGAAGGAAUAAAUUUACCUAAUAUAUCUAGUAUUUUAAGUGGAGCAGGAGUGAAUACUACAAAAGCUUUUAAAGACUUAUAUGAUCUUUGGUUUGAUGUGCAAGGAAAUAAAAAACAGUAUUUAAAACAUUUUACUGAAAAAAGGAAUAAGGAAAGGAAUUUUAAUAUAAGUAACUUAUCUGGUAUUUUUAGUGGGGCAGGAGCUAAAGCUAGCAAUGCUUUUAAAGAAUUACAUAACGUUUGUUUUAAUGACAAUGGAGAAGAGACAGAACUUUUAAAUAAUUUCUAUGAUGUAGGCUUUAAGCCAAGUAACUUAUCCUCUAUGUUAUGUGGAUCAGGAUCUCAUGCUUCACAUAGAUUAAAAAAAUUUCAUAAUACUCUUUUUGAUGAUAAAGGAAAGGAAACAGAACUUUUAAGUGAUCUUCGUAAGAUAGGUUUUAAUCCUCAGAGUCUGUGCACUAUAUUAAGUGCAUCAGUAAGUAGCUUAGGACAGUUUCAUGAUUUUUGUUUCACAGAAAGAGCAAAAGCGUAUUUAAUCCAUUUCUCACAGGCAGGUUUUACAAUAAAAAAAUUAUCUAUUAUACUGCAUGGAGCAAGGGCUAGCAUUUGUUCUGCUCUGAAGGAUUUUCACAAUGUUUGUUUUGAUGAGCAAGGCAACAAUACCCAGCUUUUGAAUGAUUUCUAUAGCGUAGGGUUUACGGCAAGUCACUUAUCCACAAUAUUAGGCAUGGCAGGAAAUAAUUCAGCUUCUAUCUUAAAAAAAUUCCACAAAUCAUGUUUUAAUGAACGGAAUUAUUUAUAUCACUUCUUAGCCGAGAAAAAACUUUUUACACCAAAAAAUUUAUCUAGGGUGCUACAUAGAGUAGGACUUAGUAUUUGUUCUGCCUUUGAAAAAUUGCAUGGUUUUUGUUUUGAUAAAGCAGGAAGCAAAACAGAUUAUUUAAAUAAUCUUAUCAAAAAUAACUCACCGAAUAUGAUACUUAAUAUACUAUAUAAAAAAGUAGAAAAGGUUAAAAAAGCUCCUUCUGCUUUCAUAGAUGAGCAGAAUAUUAGCAAAGAAGAUGAAAUAACCAAUCCAGGUCUUAACCCGAGUAGCGUAUCCGGUAGAACGGAGCAAGAACAAAACUUGGGUAGUUUACAACAAGGUGAUUCUAAAAUUAAGGGAAAAAUCCGGAAGGGUAACUUAAAUCGGGGCGAAAACCGAAUGGAAUAGAUGAUAACCCUGAAACUUAUUUAAAUGAUCCAACAGUGGACAAGCAGCUACAAGAAUCAUGUCAGACAAUUUCUUCCUGAAAUUGUUUUAUUUCAGCUUUAGGAAGGCUGUUUGUUUGGGAGAUAAUAUCAAUAGAAACACCAGCCGUUAAGUAGGUUUUUUGCAACUUCAAUGUUCCUUUCUUUGCAACCUUCAGCUUCCCGAACUUCCAGCCUCCCUAACAAGCCGGAUUCCGUAAAGGCUUUUGUACCAUAUACAUAAGCUGCGGCAGGUUAUACAGAAGACGGAGAAGUAUAACCAGCCACUAUGCUUGGCGUUGGUGGACUAUGAAAAGCCUUUGAUCGAAUUUUAAUAAUAUUAAGAAUAAUAAUUAUGAGGUAUGUAAUUUGAAACAAAAUUGUAAGUAAGAGGCAUUUAGUAAGUAUUGCAUAAUAUGUAGAUGAAUAUUGUUUUGUUAUUCGGUAGAUUUCUCGUGACUCACAUAAAUGCCUCUGCUUGUGGCGGCGACGUGGGGCGGGUCAUCCCUUUCCCUAAAAUAUGGUCGGGGGAGGCGAUGGCUGAUCCCUGCGUCAUGCUCGUGAACGGGUGCUACUCGUGGUGGCUGAAUGAUCUUGUUACCGGGAGGUCUGCUUGAUGUGUUUUUUUCUAUUAUUAUUUCCUUUAAAGUUAUUAUAUAUUUUAUUUAAUGAAAUGCUCACAUAAUGCCUCUAUUUAUUUACGGUGUGUGUGGAUUGAUGCAUCUACUAUACUCAAUAACUCUUGUGUUUAUAAGUAUUAAUUUACUUUUUUUUUCUUUUUUUUGACUUACUCGUGUAAGCCUUUCAGUUUUUGACAUUUGAGUAUUUUUAUUGCGUCACUUUGCAUAUAUUGUAAUUGAAAUGAUUUGUAAUACAAUUAAAAUGUAAAUCUUGACUUAAAAGAGUGGCAAUGAGUUUCUUGCUACUUCUCAUUAGAUCAACCCUUUACGAAGUAGCGGUAAAUUCAAUAAGAUUUUUUUUUUGACAUUUACCUACAUGAAUAAAGUGUUUUUGAAUUUGAA